AUGUCACUUCCCACGAACGAGAUCCCGACGGACACGUGCAUUGACAUCUUGACACGGCUCCCCGACGCCGCCACCGUCGCCCGAUGCCGUUGCGUCUGCAAAUCAUGGUCCUCUCUUCUCUCCGAUCCGAGUUUCCUCCUCAAAAUCCUCUUGUCCUCCGACGGCGGCGGCGGAGAUCGAGUGGUUAUGAUUCUCGCCCUAAUGAGGGAUAGACAUCUGCGUUACUCUCUUUACUCGCCGGAAACCUUCACCCUCCUCUCCUCCUCCUCCUCCGCCGCCCUGAUCCCCCUGCCUUGGCCGCCCCACCCGGUCGGUUGCCUUCCCCCCUGUGAUCCGUUCCGCUUGGUGGGCCACAGCAACGGCAUAUUCUGUCUCACCGACGGCAAGACACUGACGUCGGACUUCUAUCUCUGGAACCCGACCACUUCGGAGACCAAGCUUCUGCGGCGGGCGCCUCUUUACCCGCCGCACCAGCAGCGGGGCAAGUAUUUGUGGGCGUGUAUGUUCGGGUUCGACCCGGAAUCGAAUGACUUCAAGGUUGUGAGGAUCUCGACGGUCCGGAGUUCGACGGACCUGCGAUUCACCGAGGUUUACAGCUUGAGGAACGAUUCGUGGAGUCAGGGGUACAAAAAGGACAAGAUGAAUCACAGUCGCCGUUGCUUGAACCGAAUCCUCGAGAGCCGAGACGGGAAAUGUUACAGAUGGGAAUGUGACAGGAUUGGUGGAGGUGGGGGUAUGAGAAUCCUCUGUUACGAUCUUGCAAAAGACGCGCUCUCAUUGGUGCGGUUGACGAUUCCCUGGAAGAAACUGGGGGAUUGUUGGUUUGUCAAGUCGGUUUCGUUCUGUAAAGGGGUUUUGGUGGCGUUCUACGGUUGCAGCCGUGCCCGUUCAUCCGACGACCCUGUGUACGAGAUGUGGGCGUUAAUGGAGUUUGGAGAUGCGAGGUCGUGGACUAAAGUGGCUGAUGUGCCCCAAACAGGGGAUUUUAGUGCUGAUUACUGCUCUUCCUUUGUGACUUGGGGAAACAACAAGUGUUUCUUCCAAGGAAAGAUCUUGAUGGCUCCAGGUAAUGAUACUGAGGAAGAAGUGGCGGUGGUGGUCUUUGAUCUUAAGACGAAGAAGACGGGAUUCAUUCGUGAUGUUGAGAUCAAUAGACAUGAGCUGAAUCCAAGUGUUAUUUCAUAUGUUCCGUCCAAAAUUUCAUUGUCGAAUUUGGAUUGA